AUGUCAGCACCGCCGCUAGCCUCGUUCGUCUCCGUGCCUCCCAACUGCCACUUCCCGAUCCAGAACCUCCCGUACGGCGUCUUCCGGCCCUCGCCGGGAGGUUCGGCACGAGUGGGCGUGGCGAUCGGCGAGCAGGUUCUUGACCUUUCGGUGGUGGCGGACGCGGGGCUGCUGGGGGAGGUGGUGAAGGACACGGCCUGCUUCCACCAGGCAUCCCUGAAUGCGUUCAUGGCGCUGGGCCGCCCCGUGUGGCAACGCACUCGCACUGCCCUCCAGCGCCUGCUCUCUGCUGACGAGCCAGUGCUGAGGGACAACAAGCCUUUGCGUGCCAAGGCCUUCCACCCUCAGGCACGUGUGAGCAUGGAGAUGCCAGCGGUGGUGGGAGAUUACACGGACUUCUAUGCCUCCCGCCACCACGCCACCAAUGUGGGCCGCCUCUUUCGUGGGCCCGGCAAUGAGCUGCCCAAGCAGUGGUUGCACAUGCCCAUUGCAUACCACGGCAGGUCGUCAUCUGUUGUGGUCUCCGGCACUCCCAUCAUGCGACCCAGGGGUCAGUUGGGGCUGCCUGCCUGCCCCGCCACGCCCCUCGCCCCUCUCUUCGGCCCCACACAGCAGCUUGACUUUGAGCUUGAGAUGGCAGUGUUGGUGGGGCCGGGCAAUGAGAGGGGCGAGCGCAUUCCCGUGGAGAGGGCGCUGGACUGUUGCUUUGGCAUGGUGAUCUGUAACGACUGGAGUGCGAGGGACAUCCAGCGUUGGGAGUACGUUCCGCUGGGUCCCUUCCUUGGCAAGAACUUCGCCACGACCAUAUCCCCCUGGGUCGCCACCACAAGUGCUCUUCACUCCUGCAUCUGCGCCCACCUCCCCACUCCUCCACCGUACCAUGUGCAUGCAGCCACGACCAUAUCCCCCUGGGUCGGCACCAUGGAUGCUAUCCGCCCCUCAGGUCCUCGUUAUUGCAUUCCACGACCAUAUCCCCCUGGGUCGUCACAAUGGAUGCUCUUCGCCCCUUUAACUGCUCCCCGCCCCCUCAGUCGUCAUCACCUCCUCUUCACCCCUUCCUCCCGUCUGCCUGUUCUCUGCCAUCCCAUCCCCACAGCAGACUUCCCUUCAUCCACCCCUCCGCCUGUGCCUCCGUGCCCGCACGCCCUGCUCUCCCCUGAGACUCUGGAUUCCUCUCCCUCUACCGCUGGGGAUGCUUCACUGUCCCAGAGGCUGCCGCCUGUCCCCGUGUGCCGCAGCAACUUCAAACACCUGUACUGGACAGUGGCACAGCAGGUGGCACAUCACACCAUCAACGGCUGUCCCUUGCGCCCGGGCGACCUGCUCGCCUCAGGCACCAUCUCCGGCCCGGCAGAGGGCAGUGAGGGGUGUCUGCUAGAGCGCACACAGGCAGGCAAGCUCACUCUGGAACUCUCCCCUCAAGGAUGUAGGGUUGUCUACUGCUCUUCCCGAGCCUCUGACCGAAGCUUAGGCCCGGGGACUGUGCGCCGGACGUACCUGGAGGAUGGGGAUGAGGUCAUCAUGACAGCUACCUGCCAGUUGCCGCAUGGAGUGAUGAUUGGUUUUGGAGAGUGCAGGGGUGUGGUGCUUCCUUCCGCAUCUUCCACAUUGCUCUAA